UGCUACCUCUUUUUUUCCCCCUUGUUGCUUAUUACGGUACAACUGGAUUGAUCCAAUACUAAAUACUAAAUGACGCAAUUCAUUGAGGAACAGCUGGCAGCACGUUAAACCAAACCGCCCGCUGACACAUCAUUCCGGAGGUUAACUGUUGAUGGAAACAGGGCGCAUAGAGGCAUGUUUCAAGUGCCUUGCGGCGCGCGCUUCUCUCAAAGUUUGAGAUUCUGUUCAUCUGAGGCUUUUUCUCCUGAGCGAUGGGACGUCCUGGCCAUGGGAGGGUGUAGCAGGUUUCCUAAUAUAACGGACGAUAGGGGAAGAUAAGGAGUGGGGGGGCUGCGUGGGUGUGCCCUCUUAAUGACUUGUGCGGCAUUCUUCGACUCGCGAUCCAGUUACUCAAGCGAGACAGGACACUAAAUCACCAAUACAACGCGUUUCUGAGACCAGUCAAAUCCAGCGACCGCGAGGGUAAAAAGCAAAAAAUAUUAACCGCCUCCCGAAAUCUAUUUUGAAAACACAGAUCUCUGUUGUGCUAUCGGAACUGCUGUAAUUAACUUUUUGCAACUAUUUGCCUCUGUAUCUGAAACCCGUGGACACAGAAAACUGACGUACAACGAUGCCGGUGGAGCUGGUGGGGAGAUUCCCGUCAGCGGGCACAGGGGCGGGCACGGGCGCGGGGGCGGGCGCGUCCCAGGGGGAGGGGCCAGUGGAGAAAGUGGCGGAGGGCAAGGAACCGGAGGGAAAGGGGCGCUGUCGCCGCUGGUUACGGUGGGCAUGUCCUAGCUGUUGCCGAGGACAGAGCGAGUUGGGUGACGCGACGGUGGACGCUGUCCGCCCAGACGCGACCCGCCCAGACACGACCCCUGGGAAUGCGACGGACGUGGACAAUGGCGUAGGACGGGCGGAGGAGGACGGGGUGAAGCCGCCCCAGCCCCUAAUCGGGGACAACGAGCUGCAGGAUGUAUCGCUGCAGGUUCGUUCCGUGGACCUCCUGAAAUCUCAGAAGGAGCAAAACCGCGCUGAGCAUCAAACAGACCAGUACCUCAGCGAUGACCUCAUCAUCCGCCGUGGCCAGACCUUCCAGGUGGCCCUUGACCUCUCACGACCUUUGAACUCCGACACCGACAAGCUUCACCUGGAGCUCAAGACAGGACCCCGCCCCCUGGUGUCAAAGGGCACACACAUCAUCAUCCCAUUGGUAGAGGAGCUGAAAGGUGGCCAAUGGCAGGCCAAGAUCAUGGAGCAGGACGGCAACAGGAUCAGGCUGUCCAUCAGCUCCCCUCCAACGGCCCUGAUUGGCCGAUACCAUCUCACCGUGGUGACCCGCGGCCCAAAGGGCGUGGCCACCACACCUGAAGACCUAAGCAAUGACAUCAUCAUGCUGUUCAACCCCUGGUGCAUGGACGACACGGUGUACAUGGACGACGAGGAGGAGAGGCAGGAGUACGUCCUGAACGACACGGGGAGGAUCUACUACGGCACGGAGAAACAGAUCGGAGCCCGAACCUGGAACUAUGGACAGUUUAGUGAAGGAGUCCUCGCGGCCUGCCUCUACAUCCUGGAGAAGAGCGAUGUUCUGGCGCCCGGCCGGGGAGACCCGGUGAACGUGGUCAGAGCCAUAACCGCCAUGAUUAACUCCCCGGAUGAUCGGGGGGUGUUGGAGGGAAACUGGUCGGGGGACUACGCCGGUGGGACCGCGCCCACGGCGUGGAGCGGGAGUGUGGAUAUCCUGAAGAAGUACCACGAGGAAGGAGGCAUGCCUGUCAAAUACGGCCAGUGCUGGGUGUUCUCCGGAGUCACCACCACAGUGCUCCGGUGUCUGGGUGUCCCUGCUCGAAGUGUGACAAACUUCCAGUCUGCCCACGACACGGACGUCUCCCUGACAAUAGACAUAUAUUUCAACGAGAACAUGGAAGCUCUCAACUCCUUGAACUCUGACUCCGUCUGGAACUUUCAUGUGUGGAAUGACUGCUGGAUGGCACGGCCGGACCUGCCCCCGGGGAUGGGGGGGUGGCAGGCCGUCGACUCAACCCCACAGGAGACCAGCCAGGGGACCUUCCGCUGUGGACCCGCCUCUGUCACGGCCAUCCGUAACGGACAGGUCUAUCACAAGCACGACACGCCCUUCGUCUUCGCUGAGGUGAACAGCGAUAAGAUCUACUGGCAGAGGAAUCUGGACGGCACCUUCAGCCAGAUCCACAGUGAGAAGAAGGCCGUGGGGCACUUCAUCAGCACCAAGGCUGUGGGAUCCAACAUGCGGGAUGACAUCACCCACCUCUACAAACACCCAGAGGGGUCAGAGGAGGAGCGCAUCGCUGUGGAGACCGCCAGUCGCUAUGGCACCAAGCCAAACAUCUACUCCGCCCCCAUGGCGGAGGACGUGUGCAUGCAGGUCACCAUGGAGGGGGAGGGGCCCUGCAUCGGGGUAGACGCCCAGUUGACCAUCGUCCUGCGCAACCAGAGUUCCCACCCGCGCAGUGCCAGCCUCCACAGCCAGGUGGAGGUCAUGUACUACACCGGCGUGCUCAAGGGCACCAUCAAGAAGGACCAGUUCCUCGUCGAACUCAUGCCCAACGAAGUUAAGACCAUCACCUGGGUCCUGCCAUAUCAGAACUACCAGGACCAGCUGGUGGACCAGGGUGCGCUGAUGCUGACGCUGUCGGGUCGGGUUCGGGAGACCCAACAGGUUCUGGCCACACAGACCAGUUUCCGGCUACGCACUCCAGACAUCAACAUCACACCUAUAGGGGACGCUGUUGUGGGCAAAGAGAUGGCAGCCGAGAUAUGCUUCAAAAACCCCCUGCCAUGCCCACUCAAGGGCGUGGUGUUCCGGGUGGAGGGGCUUGGCUUGCAGAGCAUCAAGGAAAUUCCAGUGGGUGAUGUGGCCGGUCUCUCCGCGGUCACUCUGAAAGAGCACUUCGUUCCGUCUCUCUCUGGGGUCAGGAAGCUGGUGGCCUCCAUGCACUGUCCGCAGCUCACGCAGGUGCACGGCGUGGUGGACAUCGUCGUCCAGGACAACUGACCGUCCGUCCGUUCGUCCAUCCGUCCGUUUGUCCGUCCGUCUUUGCUGGUCUGUCCAUCGGCGCGAGGCUGCUUAGCAACAGCAGGAUGACUUUUACCCGCCAGCCUUCAUAUAAAUACAUACGUGUCAAAUACCGCAACGUUACGAAGAUAGCAACGAUGAUGAUGAUGAUGAUGAUGAUGAUGAUGAUGGUGGUGGUGGUGGUGGUGGUGGUGGUAUGCUUUGUCGUCGUCAUUUUGGCCAGUUUGUGAGCGUUUAGCUAACAGGCUCUCCCAGUAUUGGUGCGUCUGGCUGGGCUGCCACUGAGACCCCCCGCUCUGGUGAAAGAUGAAGUAUAAAACGAAGAUGUAGCAUUUUUCUCCAGGGGCAGCUGUUACGACAACGCCCACACAGCCACAUCAUAUUUAAUUGUACUGCACACUCGAUAAGGAAGAAAUUCUGCAAAACCACAAAUACCCAAUAAUACUCAUUUUAGAAAGGGAGUUGCCUCAAAUGUUCAGUGACAACUUUUAAUUGGCUCUGUAAUUGCCUCCUUCUUCUUCUAAGCUGUGUGGUGAACGGUCAAAAUGGCUGCCUUGUAUCAUGCGCAUCGCCCCGUGCGUUCGACGCGUUGCUGAUGGUUGAGGUUGAGCUCCAAGAUCUUGAAAAAAACGCUCUAUAAAAUGUAGAAAAUGACCAUUAUCGUCUCCAUUAAGGGGACGCCUAAAAUAUUCAAAGGCUCCAAUUCAAAAAGGGGUUUGUGGGCAGAAGACCAAACUGAACCUGUACACUGAGAAUUCAGAAUGGUUCAGAAUUCCCAAGCUGUAUCCUCAGCCUGGAUUACUAUAAUAAUAAACAUUUUCAUGUGUAGUUUAUACAUAUUCUGUAGUUUCAUAUAAUAGUUUACAUUUAUAUGUACUGAAGCUACUCCAUAUUAUAUUUCUUAGGUUAUGGUAUUAGGAACGGAAAUCCGGCAUUAGGUUCAGAAAUCCAAUAAUACAGAUUUUAAUUAUGGUCUGUGCAUCACCUUCUAUUUGGGAUUGAAACACAGAAAACACUUUGGGGUUGGACUGAAUUAACCUGAAAAUGUAUUUUUAGAAAAACAACCAAUUUUACUUCCAGAUGAUGUGAAUACAUUACAGCCUGCAUCUUCUUCCAUGUGAGUGUGUGACACUGCAUAUCUAACAGCUGUAGUGAGCCAGUCCUUUUACUGCUGCAACAUUGUUACAGCCUUAACCUGAAGUGGAACCAAAACCCAGGGGGGAGGGUGUUCCCAGGGGACACAAAUGCUGCGCACCGUAGAGUAUCCAGAUGCCUUGACUGUUAGCAGAACAUGUUCUGAGCCUGUACAUCAACCAAUCCCAUUAUAACUAUGUGAAAUUAUGGCCCAAAUAUAGCACAGUACAUAUUCAUUGACAGUGACACGUGA